UAAGAAUGACGUCAAGCCAAAUGGAAAGAUUUGCGUUAAUACGAACUAUCCUAAAUUCCAAGAUGGCGUUGCCCUGAGCUGAGUGAGGUAUGGGUGAGAGCGAGCCUGAUGUCUUAUGUGCCCAAGUAUGCGAGCACCUCAGCAGGCAAGAGUACCACCUGGCUCUUUGUUGCUGUGAUGAGGUCCUGGCUGUGCCACCUAGUCCCACCACCUCCUCCUGCACCUCCUCCUCACCUCAAGACCACUGUGUCCGCGUGCUGGCACUGCUGUGCCGAGUCUCUGCCCUUAUUCAGUUGAAAAAAUUCACAGAAGCUGAAGAGGACAGCAAAAACGUAAUGUGCCUGCAGGAGUUGCUGGGAGACGGGGCUCUCAAAGACCUUCUGGUCAGCAUGCUACUGGACGGCAGGCUGACAGAGAUUUGCCAGGCAUUGUUCAACUGUGACAGUGCGGAAUGGGAGAAUGAAGGCAACAUGAAGUAUUUCAGGCAGUUGAUGCUACUAUUGACUGAAUCGCAGGUAUCCAGUAGUGCUGCUAGAGUUUCAGAAGAGGAUGGCAGGGAAGGCGUUCUGGUGGAGCGACGCUGGAUGCACAGAGCCCCUCCCCGAGGUGUACUGGGAAUCGAUGAGUAUACCUUAUGUCUCAGGUUCCUGCAGGGUGGCGCGUGCCCGCUGGGCGAGCUCUGUGUCUCGGCCCACUCCCACGGCGAGCUGCUGGAGUGGCGGCAGAGGCUGCUGUUCUGCCGGCUCCGGGGCCAGCGUGCCCGCAGCACCAGCGAUCCGGCGGACAGCUACGGCCAGAGCCUGAUAGAGAAGUGGAUGAGAAAUCCGCUCCCGCACACUGUGGUGAGUUCCAGCAUGAUGGGGGUGACCGUGGACUGUGUUCCAGACCUCCACCAGGCCCUUCGCCAGAAGCACUGCUCUGUCAGCUGGACCCUGCGGCUGGACUGCAACCCCCCUCGGCCCCUGCGUCGCGUGGCCUUGCUCGGCGAGCCGCACCGCGCCCUGUUCCGCGUCACGGCCGUGGCAUCCGGCGGCCUGGAGCCCCGCCCCCUCAGCCAGCCGCCGCAGGAGUGGAGCUGCACCGACGGCCCCACUGAGCGCGUGCACCAGGUCUCCCUCCUCCUCACCACCGCCGCCUACGGAAGCUUCCAGCAGACCGUGGUGCUGGACUUCGGCUCCGAGCCCGUGCUGCUGCAGACACUCUCCGCCGAGCUGGCCACGCCUAUAGAGCUGGAGCAGGAGCAGCAGCCGCAGGGCGCGGUGCGCUCUGUCCGCUGGGACUCGGCCUGUAAGCAGGUGACGGUGGUGGGCUUCCUGCCCCGAGACCGGGCCCAGCUGGACCAGUCGCUGCUGCAGUCCUACCAGAUCCCGGCCGCUGCCGACCAGCUCUUCACCCGCUCCGUCCUCGACCGCAGCCUGACCGCGCACAACUACCGCUCCCGUCUGCACGACCUGCUCUACAUCGAGGAGAACGCCCAGUACAUGGAGCUCAGCAGGCUGAGCCUGCAGACGUCCCUGCGCCUGGUGACGGCCCCCACAGUGCCCGCGCUCCGGGGGGCUGGCGCCAGGCCUCUGCUGGCCGGUCAGCUCCUGGCCCAGAUGGGUCUGUCCGGCACCGGGGUGCGGAGAGACACUGCGGGAGGGAGGCUGGUCUGGGACACGGUGGACAGCGUCCUGAUCCUGCCCGCGCUGGCCCCGGGGGCCGGGGCCGGGGCCGGGGGCAGGGAGCGGGUGUACGAGGCCCAGCUGGAGGAGCGGUGUCCGGAGUGCAUGCUGCUCAGGCUCUCGGAGGAAUUCUGCCGGGACCUGAGACUGCAGCCCGACCAAGACCUGCAGGUGGAGCUGCAGUUCCAGCUGAACAGGCUGCCUCUCUGUGAGAUGCACUUUGCCUUGGACUCCCUGCAGGACUGCUGCACCCUGCUCUUCCCAGAAGCCCCCUCUGCUGGAGCGCCCCCCUCUCUCUUCAGUGUUGAGGGGAUGGAUGCCAGGUUGAACGAGCAGCAGAAGGAGGCCCUGGGGGUCAUUACUGCCCCCCUCUCCCUGCAGCUGCCCCCUGUCCUGUUGUGCGGCCCCCCUGGCACGGGGAAAAGCUUCACUCUGCUCCAGGCCUCAGGGGCUCUGCUGAGAGAGGACAGCAACAGGGUGUUGUUGUGCUCGCACUCGGAAGCAGCGGCUGACACGCUGAUGAAUGACCUCCAGGCUUUGAUGGGGCACGCUCUCCCUCAGGGCUGGCUUCUCAGGCUGCAGGGGCCCAGCAGGCUGGUGAAAUGGGCAGCAGGAUCAGCACAGCGCUGCAGUGGAGUCACUCCUGGCCCAGUGGAGACGCAGCAGCCAGGGAGGGAGGAGGUGGAGAGGAGCAGGGUGGUGGUCUGCACCGUGCGCCAGGCCAAGCACCUCCUCCAGCUCAGGCUGGACACAGGCUGUUUCACUCACGUUCUGGUGGACGAGGCUUCUUCGGCGCCCGAGUGUGAGACUGCCAUGGCGCUUUCAUUGGCAGGCCGCUCCACCCGCGUAGUCCUGGCGGGAGACCCUGGCCAGCUCCCGCCGUUGGUGUACAGUGAAUUUGCCCGUGAGCGAGGUCUGCAGCGCCCCCUGCUGGAGCGGCUCUGUGGGCUGUAUCCUCAGGACAGUAGCUGCUGGGUGAAACUCAUCGAACAAUACCGCUCACAGCAACACAUCGUCAGGCUGGUCUCAGAGCUGUUCUAUGAGGGGGAGCUGAGGGCAGGCAGCAAACAGCCCAUCCACAAAGACUUCUUCCCUCUCUCUUUCUUCGUGGCGUGGGGGACGGACAAGAGCAGCUGCGGGUACCUCAACUACGCAGAGGUUCUAGAGGUGGUGGAGCAGGUGGAAAGCCUGUGUAAGAAGUGGCCGGUGUCCUGGGGAAAGCUGGAGGAGGGCAGCGUGGGGGUGCUGACCCCCUACGCCAGCCAGGCCCUGUGUCUGCGCUCAGAGCUGCAGCGGCGCAACCUCAGCUGCGUGACAGUGCAGACGCUCGUCACCCUGCCCGGGCGCUACUUUCGCGUGCUGUUCCUCAGCACCGUGCGUACGCGACACUCCCUUAAGCAGGAGGCUGUGGGCGGGGUCGCAGGUGCCUCCGGACCGCGACGCAGGGAGCCCGCCCAGGAAGAGGAGGAGUCUGUGGAGGACCGGGAGCUGGGCUUCCUGUCUUCACCCCGGACCCUGCGCUCCGUUCUGCUCUGCGCUCAGUCCCUUCUGGCCGUGGUGGGAGACCCCGUGGCUCUCUGCACCAUGGGCAAGUGCAGAAGGAUCUGGGAGCGCUUCCUCUCCGUGUGUGAUUCUGAGGGGAGUUUGCACGGCACCACCCUGCCCGCCCUGCUGGAGCAGGUGGACAUGCUGGAGUCCAGGGGCGGUGCCGUUCUCAACCCCCUGGCCCCCGAGUUUGUCCCACGCGGGCCCUGCAGCCCGGCCCCAUCCCCCAGGCUGCCCGCAUCGCUGCCCCGCAUCACGGUGAAACGGUCGUCUUCUCAGCACUUUAAACAGCCAUUGCAGAGGGAACGUUAUGGGCACGUGGGGCCCUGUGUGCCUCAGGGGGCCCCUCCCUACCUCCUGGCCCUGUCUUCGGGGCGCCCCUGUGUAUACGGGAGGAGCCCCGGGCCCCUGACACGCCUCAACCCCCUGGGCAGAACCGGCCUGGUGUGUGAUCCGUACCGUCGGCGUCUGCUCAUGCCCGUCCCCCUGCCUUUCUCCGGUUAUGCCAGCCGCGUUCCUGUGGACCCGCGAGUGGUGGCGUGCCAGGCGGCUGUGGCCUACAACCUGAACCUGCUGCAGACGCCCACCAGCCCGCCAUCCACUGGCCUCUCCCUCCGCUCGCCCCUGCAGGCCUACAGGAGCCCCCCCGACUGCAGCCUGGAUCCUGGGAGGACUGGUAGAGGUGACAUGAGUGCUGGUUUGGGGGCCCUGCGUCUGUGGGCAGAGGCUGAGGGAGGGGAACAGGCUGCAGGAGCGUUUGACCUCUGCCGCAGCCGGUCCCCAGGGCCUCACCUGGAGCAGUGCUCCACCCCAACGCUUCCCCGUUCCCGGCCUUACUCCAGCCCCUCUCCCCCCCUGUUCGGCCGUGAUGGCUCCCCCUCAUCCUACAGGAUGUCCCCUGAGCUGGGCAACUCCUCCGGCCUUUUCAAGAGGGGCCCCUGCUACCCCUCAAUGCAGAAUGGAAGCUAUGGGAGCGUGAAAUGUGGAGACUCCCCGUGGGCUGAGCCAAACAGCCUGCCACUCGCCCCUCUCCUGCACAACACACCGACAUCGCCGUUUCCGCCAGGGGACACCCCCCUUCUGUCACCCACAACCAGAGCGAGCAGCUCCCUCGGGUAUGGGACGGAGGACAGCUGGGGCUCCGUGGGAAGCUUGUCUUCAGCUCCGGCUUUCCAGCAUUCCCCCCUGGACCAGAGCUCCCGGAGUGGGACUGAGCUCUCCUGCAGCCCCCAGCCCGGCCAUGCUGAAUGCGCGGAAGGUGAGCGGAUGGGCGGGCGGAGGCUGUACCAGCGUAGCUCCUCCGCUCUCUGUACCCCAGGGGCGUCUCCCCUGUCCCAGCCUGACGGAGACCCCGGCCCCCCCUGCAGCCCCUCCGUGUGGGCCCAGGAGAGAGAGAACACACGCCACCUGGAGAAGGCUUUUCCCACAUCUGGACCCGCUGAGUCCAGUGAGGUGCAGAGUGGCUGGGCGUGUUCCAGCCAGGUGCAGUCCAGAGCCCCCCUGGCCCUGCUGCAGGAGUUGGGCUGCAGAGGGGAGCAGGACAGCGCAUUCUACUCCUACUUCCCCUGACUGCUCUCCGCUCUGGGCUCCCACAGUGCCUGCCUUUCUGUCCUCCUUUUCUUUUAUGCCAUUUCUUUUUCCAUGAUACGCACAUUUGAUUCGUUUUAUUACUGAUGAAUGCACUUUUUUGUUUCAA